AUGUUUGAGUAUGAUGAAGGAGAAUUAUAUAUUAAAGAUUUAAGUACAAAUGGUACAUUAUUAAAUAAAAGUCAAAAGUUGCCCAAAAAUAUGCGUAUUCUAGUGAAAUCUGGUGAUAGUGUUCAAAUUGUAUAUAGAGAAGACGAUCCACAAUUUAAUAUUGUAUUACAAAUUGAUAAUGCUGAAGCAUUUUCGGAUGAAGACAGUUUAAAUACAACGCAACUUGUUAAUAACGAUACACCAAUUUAUGAAGAUUCACAACCAUCGUCGAGUGAUGAUCAAAAGGAGAAUAAUUAUCAAUUGGCAAUAGUAACAACAACAGUAACAGAAGAAGAAAAGAAAAAAAGUAAUGAUGUUGAGCCAAAACCAGUGAACAAUCGUGAGUUUGAAAUGACUGCUGGCACAGAUAUGGAAAAACUUUUGAUAUGUGCCUGUUGUCAAGAUAUAAUUCAAAAUCCACUGAGUCUUGAACCUUGUCUCCAUACCUUCUGCAGUGGAUGUUUUCACUCUUGGGAGGCCAUUCAAAGGACAUGUCCACAAUGUCGACAAAAAGUGAUUGGCAAAAAGAAGAAUUUUCUUGUUAAUGAUAUGAUAGAAAUUUAUUUAAAAUCAUUUCCGGACAAACGACCUGAACCAAGACAAAUUGAAAUUGUCGAUUUAAAUAAUAAAAAUAAUGAGGUCGGUCGCGAUGGUUUUUAUUUGGAUUAUGCACGAGUUGAACGAGAAAAUGAAGAUGAUGAGGAUGAUGAGGAUAUGGAUGACGAAGAUAUUGAUGAAGACUUAGACGAAGAAGAUGACGACGGGAUAGGAUUCAGAAUGCCAAUUGCUUAUCCUGGCCAUUUUCCACCUUGCAUGAUGUUACCGGCACGUGCACCAGCACAAAUCAACAGUUGUCGACAAUGUUCAACGAAUCUUCCUCUGCAUCCUAUUGUGGCCGGAGUAGCAGCUGCUACAUCAGUAUUUAAAUGUGCGCUCGGACAAAAGCAUAUACUGUGUCAAUGUUGUAUUCAUCCAAUGCCUGAUCGACGUGGUGAACAAAAUAUUAGUCAACAAUGUGAGUUGUUGUUACUCUCUUAUCCUAUAACAUACCUUACAUCAAAAAAUAUGUUAGCGAAAGAUUUACUAAUCGCUUGUUGCGAUAGUUUAGAUCAAAAAUUGUUUCAAUGUACCGGUAUUGAUCCAAAUAUAGCAGUUCCAUCCGAAAAAGUUGUGUGCUAUCAAUGUGGAUUGAAAAUGUUUAAAGAAUUAGCAUAUCAAUAUCGUUCUAAUAUCAGUCAUGCUGAUAUUGAACCGGCUAACAUGCGCGAACGUGAAAAUUGUCAUUGGGGUCGCAAUUGCCGUACACAGUAUUCAAAAGUGUAUCAUGCACAAAAAUUCAAUCAUUGUUGUGAACAAAUUCUUUUUCGACCAACAUAUGAUGAAUUUAAAAAUUUUUCACAAUUUAUUGAAACAAUUGAAGCACAAAAUGCACAUCGAAUUGGUCUAGCUAAAAUCAUUCCACCAAAAGAAUGGAUAGCACGAGAAGGUGGAUACAAUAAUAUACAAUCAAUGGAUGUCAAGUCUCCAAUAAAACAAGAAGUACAUGGCAAAGAUGGAAUUUAUGAAAUUUAUAAUAUUCAACAGAAAACAUUGAAUUUAGCCGAAUUUGAAAAAUUAUCCAAUAAUGAUCGUUUUCGUGCGCCAUUAGAUGAUAAUCAAUCGUUAGAACGAAAAUAUUGGAAAAAUUUAACAUAUGUUGCACCCAUUUAUGGUGCAGACGUUAAUGGAACUCUUUACGAUAGUAAACAACAAUAUUGGAAUUUAAAUUCUUUAGGUACAAUAUUAGACGAUUUACAAUUAGAAUAUGAUACAAAAAUUCAAGGUGUUAACACAUCAUAUCUCUAUUUUGGAAUGUGGAAAGCGACUUUUGCAUGGCAUACCGAGGAUAUGGAUUUGUAUAGUAUCAAUUAUUUACACUAUGGAGCACCAAAACAAUGGUAUGUUAUUCCUCCAUCAUAUGGCAAAAAAUUUGAACGUUUAGCGGCCACCUAUUUUACAAAUUUAUCUCGUCAAUGUCCUGCCUUUUUACGACAUAAAAUGACACUGAUAAGUCCAUCAAUUUUGCAGUACAACUCAAUUCCUUAUAGUAAAAUCACUCAACAUCCUAAUGAAUUUAUCAUAACGUUUCCUUAUGCUUAUCACAGUGGCUUUAAUUAUGGUUAUAAUUGUGCUGAAUCAACAAAUUUUGCCAUGAAACGAUGGUUGGAAUAUGGUAAACAUGCAAGUGCAUGCUCUUGUCGACAUGAUAUGGUUAGCAUUGGAAUGGAUAUUUUUGUUAAAAAAUAUCAGCCCGAUUUAUAUGAACAAUGGCUGCUAGGCAACGAUCAUACGCCUCAUCCAGAAUCAGAUCAUAACGGUGCGAGAAAACGACCAUCAACAUCAACAUCAUCCGUAUCAAAAAAACGUUUACCAUUUACAAAUAAAUUGGUUUUAAACUCAUCAUCCUCAAUACCAACGUCCGGAACGAUCUUACCAUUAGUAAAUGAAGAAAUAACAACGCGAUUUCAGCAUCAACAAAUAAUUUCCAAUGAACGUUAUUUAAAAAUAUUCACAUGUCUAUCGAAAUAUGAUAAACAGCAACAUUUCGAUGUUUCAUCAACAACAAGAACAAAUUCACUAUUUUCAGUACCACUAUUACGUGCAGCAUUAUUUCGUUCUAAAUUGAAACUAAAAACACAAAAUAACACAUUACUCAAUUUAACAUCGAAUAUUAUCGAAAAAUACCAAUCAAAAUUAGAAUAUAAUCUAUCUUCUUCAAAUAAACCAUUGUGGUUAUUUAACGGUUUAAAACAAGCCGGAAAAUAUCGUGAACAAAUUCUAAGUGGAUUAUGGCAAUUUAAUAAUAUGAAUAUUGAUUUUGAUAAAGAAAAAUUAUUUAAUCAAUGGUUAAGUUUAAAAUUACCAUAUUGUUCAAUAUGUCAAUUGUUCACAAUGAAUAAAGAUAACGAAAGUGAUAUUGAACGUGAACAAGAACCAUUGGUAAAUGAUGUUAUUUUUCAUUUAUUUAAUAAACAAGUACCCACAACACCGACGACUCCAAAUCCCUUAAUAUUAACACAAUGUCAAAAAUGUAAAAUUGUUGUACAUCAAACAUGUUAUGCGAAUAUAUGUAAGUUAAAUAAUAAUUUGACAAAUAUAUUUGAUGAACAAACAAACAAUGAACAACAGUGGCUAUGCCAACGAUGUAAACAACAAACAAAUGAAGUAUCGUCAGUAUUAUUGUCAAGACCUUCUGAAAGUUGCUCAUUAUGUUUAUUACGCGGUGGAGCAUUAAUAUUAAAUACAAACGAAAUAAGUGAACAAAAAUGGGCUCAUGUUAUAUGUUUAAUUUAUCAUAAAUCUUUACAAUCAUCUUCAUCAUUAACCAAUGAAAUUUCUUCUACAACUGUCAAUUCUUCAUUUUCAUCCACAUCGACUACAACGGUGACAACACUUGUACAAAAAAAAAAUCAAUGUCAUUAUUGUUGGUCAUUUUGUCCAUUAGAUAAACGUCGUUCAUCAACCACAAUUAUUAUAUGUGAUUAUCCAGAUUGUUUUAAUCAAUAUCAUGUUACUUGUGGAUUAAUGAGUGGUUGUACAUUUGAUAUUGGUAAUUGGCCAAAAUUAUUACAUACUUAUUGUCAUUUACAUUCAAAAAAUCAAACUAAAUACAUUUCAAAUUAUCGACAUAAGAAAAAAUUGAAAAAAGAAACAUCUGAUAAUGAAAGUGAAAUGGAUGAUGAUGAUGAUUUAAAUGGAACAACUAUAAGUAAUUAUGAUUUAGAUCAAAUAGUAAUUGGAACAAAUAUUCUAGUAAAAUCGAAUAGAAAUUGUACAAAAAAAUAUAUUAGCGGAAAAAUAACAUCGAUUGAUUCCAUUGUUCAUUAUGCCGUCGAUUUUUUUGAUGGUAGUUAUAGUCGAGAUGUGCUCUGGGAAGAUCUUAUUUUAUCAGGAAAAGAUGAUAUACCAUUAAUUGGUACAAAUAUCAAUGUCAAAUGGACAGACGAUAUAAUUUAUCCUUGUACAUACGUUGGUUGUAAACAAGUGUUGUUCUAUACGAUUUUAUUAGAAAAUGGUGAAACAAAAAAAGUUCGACGACAAGAAUUUCUAAUAAAAAAAGAGACAGACAAAAAUAAGAAAUGUCGUCAAUCAGUUUUAGCUAAAAAACGAAAACGAAAAAUUCUUUUAUCAUCAUCACAUUCUGAUUCUUCAUCAUCGGAAAGUCCAGUACGUGCAUGUCAUUCAAAUUCUUCGUCUUCAAUAUAUACGCCUUCUGAUGACUCAUUAUUUUCUCUAUCAAGUGAAACGUCAAGAUCACCAUCACCAAUAAAAAGACGGACUAAAACUUCACGACGUUCGAAACAGAAAUGA